ACCUUCACCAAACCAAACCAACUGAAGAUACUAACUAGAGGGGCCUAGACUUAAAUUAAACACGUUGAUUAAUUAAAAGUUAAAAACUAAGUGGUUUAUUGUAUGGAGUAGCACUCACUUGAUAAUUACUAAAGUUUUCUCUUUCUAACUCAAAUCCAACCACUACCUUCUUAGCUGUACUAGUCUUUUGGUCCCUUCACCUCUUUCGUCGUUUCUUCACCUUACAUUCAUAAGUCAUAACCUCUCUCUCUCUCUCUCUCUCUCUGAAACGCUCAUACAUACUUCUCUUUCUCUCUCUUAAUUUUGGGAAUUUAGAAUGCCGGCUUGGUGGAGUAGAAAGUCCAGCAAGAACAAGCAGGAGCACGAGGAGGAGGAGGAGGAGGUAGAAGAAGAAGAGACACGUGGCGGUCUUCAAUUUAAUUUCCUGAAAUCUCCGGUUACUAUUAGGAACGGUGACAAGGAUAAGAGUAAGAAGAAGAAGAAGAAACCGAAGAGCUUCGACGAGCUUUUCUCUCGGAAUUCGCCAAGGACUAGCAAGGAUUUCGAUGGCGGCCAGAAGAAAGGGGUUCCCCUGCCUUUACCCACUCACAGUCACAGCGAUCAAGCCUUUGCAAAUGGAUCUGCUUCCGUAUCUGGUUCCAGCGUCAGCUCCUCCACCUCCUUCGAUGACCAUCCAAUUUCUCCUCAAUUCAAUGCCAACAGAGGGCAAGAUGAGGUGAAGUUCAGUGUGACUGUGAGGUCAAAGAGUCCAGGUCCUGGAUCACGAGGGCCCACCAGCCCUACAUCACCGCUUCAUCCAAGGUUGCAUGUUUUGAGUCUUGAUUCUCCUACAGGUAAGCAAGACGAUGGAAAGAGUGAAUGUCAUCCAUUGCCUCUUCCACCUGGCUCUCCAACUAGUCCUUCUGCACUUUCCAACACACGACCAAAUGGACUGUUAGAAAACACUACCGGCAAUCUCUCCAAAUGGAAAAAAGGAAAGCUUCUAGGACGGGGAACAUUUGGGCAUGUGUAUCUUGGAUUCAAUAGUGAAAAUGGACAAAUGUGUGCAAUAAAAGAAGUCAGAGUUGUCUCUGAUGAUCAAACAUCAAAAGAGUGCCUCAGACAACUUAACCAGGAGAUAAAUUUGCUAAAUCAGCUUUCACACCCAAAUAUUGUUCAAUACUAUGGGAGUGAACCGGUUGAAGAAUCUCUUUAUGUAUAUUUGGAAUAUGUCUCUGGUGGUUCUAUCCAUAAAUUACUUCAGGAGUAUGGUGCGUUUAAGGAGCCUGUUAUUCAAAAUUAUACCAGGCAGAUUGUAUCUGGACUUGCCUAUCUGCAUGGAAGAAAUACAGUACACAGGGAUAUUAAAGGGGCGAACAUACUAGUUGAUCCUAAUGGUGAAAUCAAACUGGCAGACUUUGGAAUGGCUAAACAUAUAAAUUCUUCUGCCUCAAUGCUUUCAUUCAAAGGAAGUCCAUACUGGAUGGCACCUGAGGUUGUAAUGAAUUCAAAUGGCUAUAGUCUUCCAGUUGAUAUAUGGAGCUUGGGAUGCACAAUUAUUGAAAUGGCAACAUCAAAACCUCCGUGGAAUCAGUAUGAAGGGGUAGCUGCCAUAUUUAAAAUUGGGAACAGCAAAGAUAUGCCUGAAAUCCCUGAGCAUCUUUCGAAUGAUGCAAAGAAUUUCAUCAAGCUAUGCUUACAAAGGGACCCAUCAGCACGCCCUACAGCCCAAAAGUUACUAGACCACCCCUUCAUUCGAGAUCAAUCAGCAACAAAAGCUGCAAAUGUUAGCAUAACCAGAGAUGCUUUCCCUUACAUGUUUGAUGGAAGUCGAACCCCGCCUGUGUUAGAGUCUUACUCCAAUCGAACAAGUAUAACUUCACUUGAUGGAGAUUAUGCAUCAAAGUCUGCUCUUGCAGCUCCACGUGCAUUAAGGAGUCCAAGAGAUAACACAAGAAUGAUCACAUCUUUACCAGUAUCUCCCUCUUCAAGUCCACUAAGACAGUUCGGGCCAGCACAUAAGAGCUGUUUCUUUUCUCCUCCACAUCCAGCUUACACAAUAAUUGGACAAAAUAGUUACACUUUGAAUGACAUGUCCUCGUAUCCAGUGAGAUCAAAUGCCACGUUCGCUCUUGAUCCUUGGCACGAAACAUCGCGAUACAAAGCUCAUACACCACCUGGUGGAUCUCCAAGAAUGAGACUCAUCUGAGUUGCCAUUGUAAAUACCUAUAGAACUAAAAUAUUUCUACGUCUCCCCCGGGAUUCCGUAUGGUCUGUGGUUGAACUUCAAUCUGGACUCCGCGAAGCACAAACUAUCCAAAGAUUCUGGUCCCUUCUUAAUGCAUGGGAACCAGAUGACAGAAGAAAUGAGGAGCCCUAUGCUCUCAAUGCAUUGGAUUGGGGAGACCAUGCUGCAUGUAACAAUUUCUUGAUUAUUGUAAAUGCAAUGUGCUUACUGUGUUUGUUGUAACGUUUAUGUUGUAUAUUGCUAGUUCAUGACAGAAUAAAAAUAAUAAAAAAAGUAAUUCUCAUACCCCACUCAUCUCAGUUAGGAUUAGAAAAUUUAUUUGAGAUUAGAUACGUACUGAAGCGGGCUCGCAAUGGCAGAAAAAAUUGUCACUAACCUUUUUGAAGUUGAUUUUGUUUCAUGUAACUAUUGUUCCCUAAUGUCAUUAUGAUCGGUUUAAUAUGAAAAAUCUCAUGGAAAUGGAAAAGGUGAUCGUGCAUCUUAG